AUGACUAGCUACGCCAAAUUUCUGAAGGAUGUUAUCUCCAAGAAGAGGAGAUGGGUAGAGCACGAGACCGUCAACUUGACGGAGAGCUGUAGUGCCAUUAUCCAGAAGAAAUUGCCCGCUAAGAUGAAAGAUCCUGGAAGCUUCACUAUAUCGUGCAUAGUGGGGGAUAGCCAAGUGGGCAAGGCACUAUGUGACUUGGGAGCGAGCAUUAAUCUUAUGCCGUUCUCGUUCUUUCAAAAGUUGAAGAUUGGGACAUUGAGGCCCACCACCAUCACACUCCUGAUUGUCGACCGAUCUGUGUCGUAUCCGAGAGGGAUUGUUGAAGAUAUACUCGUCAAAGUCAAUGACUACAUCUUCCCUGUGGAUUUUGUGGUGCUUGAUAUGGAGAAAGACUGGAAUGUUCCUCUUAUACUGGGAAGACCUUUCCUAGCUACAGGCAAGGCAAUGAUCGACGUGCAUAAGGGAGAGCUCACACUCCGACUCAAUGAUGAGAGCGUCACAUUCUCCAUCUACAAUGCAAUGUAG